UGGGCGGCAUUAUUGCUUACGGUCCUUUGAGGUGACAUUGAGCCUCAAGCCAUAUUUGACCAUUUCCAGGGAUUCCCAGGGAUUGGAGCUGCGAUGUUGAAAAGAGGCUCCUUUCCUACCGGGGCAGCAGCUGUGCGAGCUCUCCGGCCGGGUGCUCCCAAGCUGAGUCGGUUUGCGAUCCACCAGAAUUCCAAUAUCGUCAGGCAAUUCAGCGCUUCGACUUGUCUUCGCAAAGAGGAAAAGCCAUCUUUCAAGGGGCAACUAUACGAGAGCACCCAUCAACGGUUGUUGCGUGAACGUGCGGAACAAGAGAGAUUUGCACAGUACCAGGCACGAUCACCGGGUCCCCGUUAUGUAGCUCUAACAGUUGUACUCGUCUUCCUGACCACCGGCAGCUACUUUCUCGGAUCCCUCAAACCCGCAGCUCUCCCAACGUCUUCAACAUCCUCGCUUGUUGACACCGCUCCCCCACGACAUAACACUUCGACCUCGAAUCUGCAAGCCGCCUGGGCCGAUUUCGUCGAAAUUCUAGGAAAGGAGAAUGUCUCAACAGAUGAGGCUGACCUCGGAUUCCACUCCGGUUCAGACUGGUCGUCAUAUUCCAUCAAGGAGAAUGAGAAGCCUUUCCUAGUCCUCUACCCCUCGACCACGGAAGAGGUCUCCCGUAUAAUGAAGGUCUGCCAUCAGAGAGUGAUACCCGUGACUGCAUACUCUGGCGGUACCAGCUUGGAGGGACACUAUGCACCAACGCGAGGCGGCGUAUGCAUUGAUUUCAGACGCAUGAAUCAGAUUGUGUCUGUCCACAAGCGUGACAUGGAUGUCGUUGUACAGCCAGCAGUUGGUUGGGAGGAGUUGAACGAGGAACUCGCCAAGGACGGCCUAUUCUUUCCGCCAGACCCUGGUCCAGGAGCUAUGAUUGGAGGUAUGGUAGGGACCGGCUGUUCUGGCACCAAUGCAUACAGAUAUGGGACUAUGCGGGAAUGGGUCCUCUCGCUGACUGUCGUGCUUGCCGAUGGAACCGUUAUCAAGACGAAGCAGCGUCCGAGAAAGUCAAGUGCUGGAUAUGACCUUACGAAACUGUUUGUUGGCAGCGAAGGCACCCUAGGACUGGUGACGGAGGCGACUCUGAAGCUCACGGUCAAGCCAAAGAGCGAGAGCGUGGCUAUCGUUAGCUUCCCAACAGUCCACGAUGCCGCCCAGUGUGUAACGAAAGUGGUCGAGGAGGGUAUUCAGGUUGCUGGAGUCGAACUCCUCGACGACGUUCAGAUGAAAUGCAUCAAUGCCGGCGGCCAGACGAGCCGGAAAUGGAAGGAGGCGCCUACGAUAUUUUUCAAAUUCACAGGGACUCCAAACGGCGUGAAGGAGCAGAUUAGCAUUGUACAGAAACUCGCAAAGAGUUGUGCCGGGCAGUCGUUCGAAUUCGCCCGUGGAGCUGAUGAGAACCGCGAACUAUGGAGUGCACGCAAGGAAGCUCUAUGGAGUGUGAUGGCUCUGAAGCGAGGCCCUGGAGACCAUGUAUGGACGACAGACGUAGCUGUGCCUAUGAGCAGAUUGCCGGAUAUUAUCGAAGAUACGAAGAAGGACAUGGUGCAGAGCAAUCUCAUUGCCGGUAUUUGCGGUCAUGUUGGCGAUGGCAAUUUCCACGCCAUCAUCCUUUUCAACGACAAGGAGCGAGAAGUGGCAGAGGGCGUAGUCCACCGCAUGGUCAAGCGCGCCGUCGAGAUGGAGGGAACCGUCACCGGCGAACAUGGCGUUGGACUCAUCAAGCGAGACUACCUUGAACACGAAGUCGGCGAGACAACAGUAGACACCAUGAGAAGACUAAAACUGGCCCUUGACCCUCUAUGUCUCCUCAACUGCGACAAGGUCGUACGGGUCGAACUGCCAAAGCCGGGUGAGAUCAAGGAGUGGUAGCGAUUCUUCCCAAGAAGAACAGAAGAGAGAUGAGAAUCUUUCCUUGUACUCUAUUUAACAUAAAAAGCAGUCCUGUAUUCUAUCCAUCUACCAGACACGCGCAAACAAUGACAUGUUCAAGAGAAAACACCCGCAGGUGUGUUCUUGACUUGGUAUCCAAUAUAUCUAAUAUUGAAUUCAUUACUUCAAGUAAUACAAGGCACGGAG